CAGAGGUGGCUGUCCCCCUGUGUGUCCCCAUGGUCAGGAUGAGUGUCACCGCCACCCCCCCGCCCCUGCCCUCGCCCCCCACCCCACGGCCCCCCCAGGAGGAGCCCCCGGAGCUGCAGGGCCGCAAGAUGGCUGCUGGCCUGCGCCAGGACCUGGGCCUGACCGAGCAGAGGAAGAGGGUGACCAUGAUCCUGCAGAGCCCGUCCUUCAGGGAGGAGCUGGAGAGCCUGAUCCAGGAGCAGCUGAAGCAGGGGAACAACUCAUCCCACGUCUGGGCCCUGCGCCAGAUCGCUGACUUCAUGGCCACCACCUCCCCGGCUGCCCUCCCCACCUCCCCCAUGGGGCUGGUGGCUGUCACCCCCAUCAAUGACCUCCAUGGCCCCGAGGCGCCGGUGUUGGCCAAGGGGGAGCGGUUGAUGCGGUGCAAGGUUGGGAGCAUCCAUCGCCUGCUGGACCUCUACGGCUGGGCCCAACUGGGCCAUGCAGCUGUCACUCUGCGGGUCAGCAAGGAGCAGGAACAUUUCUUGGUGGCCCCACAAGGCUUGGCCAGCAGCGAGGUGACAGCCGCCAGCCUGGUGAAGGUGAACGUGCUGGGGGCCGUGGUGGAGCCGGGCAGCACCGGCUUUGCCCCUGACACCCGCAGCUUUGGGCUCCACGCCGCCAUCUACGCCGCCCGCCCCGACGCGCGCUGCAUCAUCCGCCUGCACACCCCCGCAACAGCCGCGGUGUCAGCCAUGCGCUGUGGGCUGCUGCCCAUCUCCCGCGCUGCCCUGCUCCUGGGGGACGUCGCUUACUACGACUUCAGCGGGGAGGUGGAGGACGAAGCCGACCGGGUGGAGCUCCAGAAAUCCCUCGGGCCCACCUGCAAGGUCCUGGUGCUGCGCAACCACGGGGUGCUGGCCCUGGGGGACACUGCCGAGGAGGCGUUUUACACUGCCUUCCACCUGCAGGCUGCCUGCGAGGUCCAGGUGUCGGCGCUGGCGAGCGCGGGCGGAACCCAGAACCUGAUCGUGCUGGAGCGGAGCAAACACCGCGCCCAGCAGGUGGGGUCCGUGCGCUGGGCAGGGAGCACCUUCGGGCCCAUGCACAAAACUCGCCUGGGGGAGCACGAAUUCGAAGCCCUGAUGAGGAUGCUGGACAACCUGGGUUACCGCACAGGCUACACCUACCGCUACCCCUUCAUCCAAGAGAAGAGCAAACCCAAAAGUGAUGUCCUGAUCCCUGCCACUGUCACAGCCUUUGUCUUCGAGGAGGAUGGGGGGGCCCCCGUGCCCACCCUGAGGCAGCACGCCCAGAAGCAGCAGAAGGAGAAGACGAGGUGGCUCAACACCCCCAACACCUACACGAGGGUCAGCGUGGCCGAGGAGCAGCAGGGCAGUGCCAGGACCAAGACAACGUGGCUGAAAGCAGACGAGGUGGAGAAAGGCAGCAGUGGGACCCCCAUCCGGAUCGAGAACCCCAAUCAGUUUGUGCCCCUCUACACCGACCCCCAGGAGGUGCUGGAGAUGAGGAACAAGAUCCGGGAGCAGAACCGUCAGGAGGUGAAGUCUGCGGGGCCUCAGUCCCAGCUCCUGGCCAGCGUCAUCGCCGACACCCGCAGCCCCUCCACAGAGAGCCACCUGGGGGAUGCGGAGGCCAAAGAGGCGUCGAGGGAGGAGGCACCCCCAGAGCCCGAGCCCCCGAACCCCUUCAGCCAACUGACAGACCAGGAGCUGGAGGAGUACAGGCAGGAGGUGGAGAGGAAAAAGCUGGAGCUGCUGCAGGGAGAGAAGGAGGCAGUGGCAGAGGAGAGCCAGGCUCCCCCCACCACCAAAUCACCCCCUGCCUCCCCCCCACGGAGCCCGACCACCACCCCGGCACCCAGGGAGCCCCCGGAGGGUGACAAGAAGGUGGCCGGUGGGCAAGUGCCAGCUGAUCCCAGUGCCCAGAAGGAGCCACCAGAGGUGGUGAACGGGAAGGAUGAGGAGCAGAGCACUGAGGAGAGUGUGGGCAAAGAGGGGGGGGACACCACCGGCCCCCCACCCACACACCCCGACACCCCCAAGGAGAAGGAGACAGUGACCAGCAGCCCCGUCUCCCCCGAAGGCUCACCCUCCAAAUCACCCUCCAAGAAAAAGAAGAAGUUCCGGACCCCCUCGUUCCUGAAAAAAGGCAAAAAGAAGGAAAAAAUCGAAUCCUGAGCCUCCCUCCCCCCCAAGGCACCGCUGCAGAUGGAAGUGCAGAGGUGCAGCCCGACCCCCCCUGAGUGGAGCUGUUCCCAGGUGGAUUCCUGGCUCCAGGCACCUCGUCCCUUCUCACAUCCCUCUGGGAAGCACCAGAACCCCCAGUGCUGCCCCCCCCUCACCCAGCUCCUUCCCACGCCUGGGCCUGGGGUCACUGUGGUUUCCCCCCCUGCCACCCACUGCUUGCAGAGCCCUGGUGAAACGUGGGCAUCCGCUUGGUUUGAGGAAGCCAAGCUGAGGGUGUUUUGGUGUCUUGGGCUUUUAUUAUUUGAUUUGAUGAUUAUUUGAUGUUUUACCUUCUCGUGUCAGGCUCGGCUGCAAUGGCACUGCCCUCACCCCUGGGGAGUUGUUGGCUGCUUCCCAGGGGCAAUGGGAUCAAGCUUGGAGGUUGGGGGGGGGGAUUUCUCUGUGGGGGAUCACAACCUUCCUGCCCCCCAAAACCUCAGAGCCACUUCCCAGCCCCCUUCUCCCAGUGCCACCAUCUCCCUGCCAGGGUUUCACUGCACAAACUGCACCUCCAAGGGACGAGGAGGAGGAGGAGGAGGAGGAAGAACCCUCUGGGAAGUGUCUGCGUUUGAUCCAAACUGAGCAAAACUUCACUAAGUGCUACUUGGGGAUGAACACGGGCUGCAGAGUCCCCUUCCCUCACUGCCAACACACUGUCCCUGUCCCCACCACCUCCUGGUGACACUGCCUGUGGUCCCCCCGCUCACCCUCAGCCCAGGGCUGAGCCUGGGUCCUUGCUUUCCCCAGCACCUCUUAAAAAAAGAAAAAAGAAAAAAAAAAACCCAAAAA